CUUUUGUGAUUGCUGCCCUGCCCACUAUUUAACUGGAAGGAGAGCUAUUCCACACAAUUGUUUAUGCUUUUUCUUUGGUGGUUUUUUCCCCAAAUCUUGGGGGACAAUUGUUGUUGCAACAUGGUUUGGUUUCUGAUUCUCAUCUGGUUUGUCCAAGUGGGCAGUGUUCCCAUCACCAAUUUCACAAAUGCUACUACUUCAAAUGCUACUUUCCCUGCCACAGUGGACAAUUCCACAAACCCCAACAAUUCUACAAAUGUGACUUUCAUUGCCACAGGUUCUACUGCCUCAAUGGGGACACGCCACAGACAAAAUGAUUGGCUUAAAACGCCUGAAACCAGAGAAGAGGACUUACAGUUCGACCUUGCUAUCAUGGAGGGAGACAUUCUGGUUUCGGAAGACCGAUUAGCUGUGAAGUCACUUUGGCCUGAGAAUGAAGGCGUCACUUCUAUCCCCUACAAGAUCAACGAUUAUCUGGUGGACAGAAAGGUAACUAUACUAGCAGCGUUCAAGAUGAUUUCAGACCAGACGUGUAUCCUCUUCCACGAAUACACCAAUGAGAUGAACUACAUAGACAUCAUCUCUGGGACAGGCUGUGCGUCGUAUGUAGGUUUUCAGGGCGGGGCCCAGUCUCUGUACUUCGGUAGAGUCUGUAACGUGGGGAACCUGUGCCAUGAGCUGAUGCAUGCCCUGGGCCUGCACCACGAGCACACACGGCCAGACCGUGACCAAUACGUCACCAUACAGUGGGACAACGUGGUGCCAGGAAAACAAGAGAACUUUAAGGUGAAGAAAGGAGACACUCAGGACCUGCCCUAUGACUACGACUCCAUAAUGCACUACGGAACAAACUACUUCUCAUCAAACCGGAACCCCACUAUUUACUCCAAGAAGAGGGGAGUCCAGAUUGGACAGAGAAAUCACCUGAGCCCCCUGGACAUAACACGCCUUAACAAACUCUAUCAAUGUGAAUAACAAUGCACAGUUUAUCACUUAUUACACCAUCGAAGAAGAUUUCAACACCGCUGCUGUCGACUGAAGAUUCCAACACAAAUGGCACUGACAUUUUAACUUCUCAACAAUGAAUAAGUUGAACAAGUCCCUUAAAGCUUUCUGAUGUAUUGUACGUGUGUUCAGCAGCAGGUCGUUUAAUUUGUCCCUUGUGCUCUUGCUGCCUUGAAUUAGGCCUAUUCCACUGCACUUGUCUUGGAAAUGAUCUAGACUGAAAAUAAUCCAGUCAGUGUGAUGUUUCUUGUAGUGUUCUAUUUCAUUCUAUAAUGGACCUUCUCAGCUAUGCUCAUCAUGCAUCCCAAGGUGGGAUCAGAGAUGAAGUAGAUCUAACAUGGCAGGAGAGAUGACUUAAAUUAAUGGUGAUUAAGGUAUAAAACUUGGCUGGCUAGCUAGGCAACAAAUUAUUUAAAAAUGAUGAUUGCUGUAACAGGACUUAGACAGCAGGGAUCAUACACCGAAAUCAGAAUGCCACCCUCUGGAAUGGUGUACUACGAAACCUGUUUGAGUUGACAAACUUUGGCAAACUCAUGAGCUCAACCAUGUAUGUGGCUCACCAUUUAGCAAGGAAUACUAAACAAAUAUACAUAUGUAUAGACACACUACUGUUCAAAAGUUUUGGGUCACUUGAAAUGUCCUUGUUUUUGAAAGCCUUUUGUCCAUUAAAAUAUCAACUCGAUCAGAAAGUGUAGACAAUGUAAAUAACCAUUGUAGCUGGAAAAUGCUGUGUUAUGAUUUAAAAAAUAAUAAUAAUUUGUGUGUGGAAUAUCUACAGUUGAAGUCGGAAGUUCACAGACCCCUUAGCCCAAUACAUUUCAACAAGGUUUAAAAAAAUUCCUGACUACUUAAUCCUAGUAAAAAUUCCCUGUCUUUGGUCAUUUAGGAUCGCCACCAUAUUGUAAGAAUGAAAUGUCAGCAUAAUCAAGAUUUCAGCUUUUAUGCCUUUCAUCACAUUCCCAGUGGGUCAGUUUACA